ACCCAGUAGAAAAGGUAAGAACCUGGCAGACAUGUUCUCAGGGUCGGAGCAGCAGGAGGAAGAGGAGCCAUGGGUGAGUCUCAGUCGAGGUCAGUGAUGCUGCACCAUCAGGACCAACAUCUGAACUCGGCCUUCAGAGGCGGCACCAACGGUUCCUCGCUGCGCAGCAAAGACACCAACUUCAACUUCCUGCCAGGCGGCAACGACGAAGGCUUCGCAGAACCCAGGAGAGCCGGAGACGAGAACCGGAACCCGGUUCGUCCCCGGAACCUGACGUUGGGCCGCGACGGCUCGGGCCUCAUGUCGCCGCGCUCCCGCCUGCCCUGCUGGAGCCCCCUGGAGCCGCUCCCUGAAGUGGAGCCGGGGGACGACGGGUACGGACGGGUGCCGCCUGACGGAGCGGAGGAAUGGAGGAUGGAGGAAGAGGAAGGAACGUUUGGUGAGAAGAAGGAGCGUCAGAGGAAGGAGGAGGGCCACCUGGACGACGAAUGGGGAGACAGCGACUCGGAGUCAGAGUUCAGUUGUCGCUCCGGCGGCAGCGUCUCCUCCCUGAACAUGGAGAGCGGGGGCGAGGCGAUGCUUGUGGGGGGCUGGGACCGGGUCGGAGUCGGGGAGCCUAAAGCGAGCCGCGAUGCUGGAGCCAGAACCGGCAGAGACGCCGCUGUGAGGCAGAGAAGCUUCGGCCCCAAGCCGACCGGCGGCGUCCUGGAGAACCUGCAGGAGGAGCGUGACCGCGGCGCCAACCAAUCCUCAGACUCCGACGGCGAGCUGCCCGAGCUGAUGGACGCCGUGUGGACGCUGCGGGACCGCGAGCGCUUCAAGGCCCAGGAGAUGGAGAAGCACCAGGUGCAGCUGACCAUGUACCGCCGGCUGGCGCUGAUCCGCUGGGUCCGCACGCUGCAGGGCCGGGUCCAGGAGCAGCAGAACCGGCUGCAGUCCAGCUUCGACGUCAUUCUGACCCACAGGAAGGAGCUGCUGCGGAUGGGAGCCGCUGCCACCGCCGUCGGCCAAUCAUAGGCAGGCCCUCCGUGUUAAUAUUAUACGUUAUAAUCAUCAUGGUUCUGUUUCAUCAGUCCAGCUUUCUGUCUCUGUAAAUGUGCUGGAAUGACAGCAGCCGACGCCUAAAGCACUGAUUUAAUGUGGCGACGCCAUGACACCACCAUGGCGGAGCGCUCCACCCGUUCACACCCCGGCGGUGGUGAGCUGCUAGCAGCCACGCCUCCUGGCCCAGACCGACGGAGGCCGCCCCACAUCGCCGCCACCUGACCACCUGACCACCUGACCACCUGACCUCCUGACCACCUGACCACCUGACCACCUGACCUCCUGACCACCUGAUUACCACCAGCAGGUGAUUCAGGACAGAAGCACUGAGUCAGCUGGAGCCGGGGAUGGAACCGGCAACCCGCCAGUUGCAGGACGACCUCCCUGACUCCAUGAUGUCACCAUGGUGACGUCACCGUGACGAUGUCAGCAUGGUGGCAUGACGGCGUCGACAUUAAAUCAGUGAUUGUGCGUCUGUCCUUUCUGCUUUAACCUCUUUGCACCUGACCCUUCAGAAUAAAGCGUCAGCAGAA